GUUUGACCGAAGAUGAGUACGUACACAGUGACUCUGAACGGCACUGCUCCAUGGGGCUUCAGACUACAGGGAGGGAAGGACUUCAACUUGCCCCUCACCAUCUCCAGGAUAACCCCAGGCAGCAAGGCGGCGGGUGGCAGCCUGGCCCAGGGCGACGUCAUCUCGUCCAUCGACGGUGUGAGCACUGACGGGAUGACGCACCUGGAGGCCCAGAACAAGAUCAAGUCUGCCAACUCCAAACUGGCCCUCACCAUGCUGAAAUCAAGACGCCUUGGACCGGUUCCCACAGCAACUCCAAGAAUGGAAUCGCCUAUGCCAGUCAUCCCUCACCAGAAGGUUAUCUUAAACACAGCUGCAGGGUCAGAGUACACUCCCAGCUUCAACCCCACCGCACUGAAAGACUCUGCGCUGUCCACCCACAAGCCCAUUGAGGUGAGGGGUCCGGGCGGAAAGGCCACCAUCGUGCACGCCCAGUACAACACGCCUAUCAGCAUGUACUCACAGGACGCCAUCAUGGACGCCAUCGCAGGGCAGUCGCAGGCCAAGGGACACGAAGGUGGGGUUCUGCCCCUCAAGGACCCUGUGGUAGACUGUGCAUCUCCGGUGUACCAGGCAGUGAUCAGGCCAGGAGAGAUGAACCAGGAUAUGGCUGAAUGGGCUCGUCGUGCUGCCAACCUUCAGUCCAAGAGCUUCAGAAUGCUGGCCCACAUCACUGGCACUGAAUACCUGCAAGACCCAGAUGAGGAAGCCCUGCAGAGGUCGAGAGACAAGUUCGAGUCCGAGGUGAAAGGGCCACGCUUUGCCAAGCUGAAGAACUGGCACAACGGACUAUCUGCACAGAUCCUCAACGUCCAGCAAUAAAGAGACGCAGGAGAGAAAAGAGAGAGAAAAGAAAAAGAGAUAGCGACAGAGGGAGGUGGACAUGUAAAUGAGGACAUGGACAACAGCACAGGAGAUAACAGGAAGAGGGGAUAAAUUACAGAGGGAAAAAAAGGAGCAGGAGGAAGAGACUCCUCAGCGAUGUGAGAUAGUGUAUUGUAGACUAGAUUAGUAGAAUGUGAGAUAAUAACUGUUGGUGUGAGAAUGCUAUGCGUUCAUAAGCACAGUAUUACCUGUCAAAUGUAACUGUCCGCUGCUAAGACCUGAUCUCGCAUUUGGGUUUUUAUUUUCUUUGUUUCCUGUUUGUUUUGGGUUCUGUCUCUCUUACGUGACAGGUAAAUUGUACAAAAAAUAACCAUUAUUCAAGUGAACACGCAGAACUGAUGAUGCUUCUUUUACGCCCCCAGUACACAAACUGCUUGUGAGUUGUAACACUUAUCAGCAUGCUUGUUGAGAAAUCACGCAUACAGGACGGAGGAGAACACACACGUAGACGUUUAUCUAUAUGCAUAAAG